AUGGUUCACACCUUAACUAUUUUAAAAGAGAAAUUUACCGCCAAAAGAUUAGCAGUAUUUUUUGGUCUACUGACCACCUGUUUAAUUGUGGUCAUUAGCAUAUUAGCUGUGAACAAUGCCAAAAUGUCUGCGGAAUUAAUGGAAUCGAAGGAUAAAAUGGAAAUUUUAGAAUUGUAUAUACAAUCCAUGUUUACAAGUGGAUCUCCUAACAACAGUGCUAGUACAUUGACAGCUUCUGUGGCAGCUUCAUUGCCACCGUUGUCAUAAAUGUUUACAAUUGUGAACGAACUAUUUUUUAAUUUGUUUUUGUAUCUUAAUAUUGUUUGUAUCAAAUACAAUUAAAACUUAAAUUAUCACAAUUGAACAUAAAUUGAUAACAAUAAUUG